AUGGCUGAUCCUCACGCUAACAAUAACAUCCAGCUUGAUGAAAAUCAGACUAUUCAUGAAACCAUACAUGGAAACAACCAGGAUGCCGAUAAUACAGGCAACAAUACUCCUGGAGGUCAACAACAGCAGUCCCCUCGUAAUGCAUCCGCCGAAGCCGAUGGUGCUAUGCAGGUAGAUAGCCACCCUAUCUUUGAUACAUUCAACUCUUUCAACUCACCCAGGCGCGUUACCCGCCAUCACUACCAAUCCCCAGACGGUAGCUUCCAGUUUACGAGCACUACUAUCAGAUCUCCCGAUGGCAGAGGUAUUGGCGGAGGCAUCAGAAUGGGAAUGGCCACCGGCCCCGCAGCUGGAGAGGACGCCCUCGGACCCUUGUUUCGCACCUUCAAUACAAUAUUGCGGGGGAUAGCCGAAACACAGCCCAACAGAGGAGGAAUACCACCGGGCUAUGGCACCCAGAGUCCAAGUAAUGACCAAGCAAAUAAUUAUCGGGACUCCAACCCCCCAGAGAUCUUAGGCGGAGGUUUAUAUCCGCGAGACGCAGAUCGUGCACAGCGCAAUGCGGAACCAGUACUAAACAUUAACGAUAUUCUGGCCAUUAUGCAUGGCGCUGCCAAUCCAAACUACCGAGGAGGAGGGAUGCCCAUCUUACACCCCAUUGCCGCUCUCUCCCAAGCUUUAGGGAUGCAACACCACGGUGACGCCGUCUAUUCUCAAGAAGAGCUCGACCGCGUGAUCUCUCAACUGGUAGACCAGAACAUAAAUGGAAAUGCUCCUCCACCAGCAUCCGCAGACGCCAUCCGAUCUCUCCCAAAGGUCAAAGUCGACAAAUCCAUGCUAGGCAGCGAGAACAAGGCCGAAUGCUCCAUCUGUAUGGAUAACGUCGAAUUGGACACAGAAGUCUCUAUGUUACCCUGCAAACACUGGUUUCAUGAGUCCUGUAUCACCGCUUGGUUAAACGAACAUGACACAUGCCCGCACUGCCGACAGGGAAUCAUGGCAACCUACCAACAGACUCACGGAGGAUCCCAGCAACAACAACAGCAACAACAACAGCAGCAGCAGCAGGGUCAGAAUACACAAGGUUCUACAAACGGAUCUAUUGGAAGUUCCAGCAACCCCAUUGUUAUCCCCUCAGGCUCUGCACAGGGUCAAUCAUCUAGCACGUCAGAUAUGUCUCAAAGAGUUGACCGGCCUAGCCGAUCUUUGUUAGAUCCACCUGGUGCGCCACCUCAAAGAUCUAACUCAGAUAACAACUCUGGCGGUGGUUUAGCCGGGUGGAUGAGAUACCAUUUUGGAGGAGGCACUUCCUGA